AUGGCUUCCAACGAUUUCCCGUCCUUGUUACACGAUGAGUGUCCGCCAAGAGCGGAUCUGCGCCAGAUGAUGGCUCACCAGCCGCUUCCUACAAUCCCUCCUGGGACGAUAGAUCCAGGUUCUAUCACUGGCGACGAGCCGGUGAAGCUGGCGCGCACUGUGUUGCGCCGUUUGAGCGCUGCACUGGCGGAUGAUGAUGCGAUCGCUGUUGAGAGUUGUUUCUUUGCCAGUCAGGCAUAUUGGAAAGAUCAGCUGGCGCUCACUUACCACCUCCGUACAUUCAGCGGCCCUAGCACAAUCACCACGAGCUUACUGGAAACAAAGAACUUGAGGGAAAUUGAAGGGGAGAUUGCUGUUGAUGGAGGCGCACAAUUUAUCGACUGUGGUAUUGCCUUCCGAACUGCCUCUCCCGGUGCUAAUUGCAAAGGGAAAGUCGUUCUACUUCCUGUUAAGAACCGCGAUGAGACAAUUGAGUGGAAGAUCUGGGUCCUGAGCACAUUUCUCGAGGGUUUAGACGUGCAGCAAGAGGACGAGGCAUUGCUGAAAUCUCCUGGGAGGCAAUUGGAUGGUCUUGCGACAUUCGACACAGAUGUCUUUAUUAUCGGGGGCGGAAACGCCGCUGUCACUCUUGCAGCACGUCUCAAAGCGCUUGGUGUCGAUAGUGUCAUGGCCGAGCGUAAUCCGCGACCUGGCGAUAACUGGGCCCUGCGCUAUGAUUGCAUGCGGUUUCACAUCCCCACAUCAUUCUGUGACAUGCCCUACAUGGCUUAUGACGAGGAGCUUCGAGCUCCUCACCUUUUGACUAGAGAGGAGCUGGCUUCGCAGGUCAGACGGUAUGUCGAAACCUUCAACCUGAAUAUCAUCACCUCCGCGCAGAUCCUGUCGACCAGGUACGACCUAUCCACCAAACUUUGGGAGGUCAAGGUUAAGGCACCUGCUGGCCAGCAAACAGCCCACUGUAAGCAUCUCGUGCUUGCGACCGGCAUCGCAUCCCAGGAGCCGUAUCUGCCAAAGGUAGUAGAUGGUCAUCUAUAUCAAGGAACCAGCCUCCAUUCGGCUCAGUACAAAAAUGGAAAGCAGUUAACAGAGACUGGAGCCAAGUCCGUCCUCGUAAUUGGAUCUGCCAACACUGCUUUCGACGUUCUCGAGGACUGUCACAGCGCUGGUCUCCAGACAACAAUGGUUGUUCGAUCUCCAACCUACGUUGUCCCAGUUGAAUACGUCUGCGACAAGCACAGUCUCGGAGCCUAUGACAUGGGUGUUGAGUUCGCUGAUCGACUCUUCAUGACGCUGCCGUCGCAUGUAGACGCCCAGCUCGCUCGGGGUUUGAUCGCGCAGUUCGCAGCGGAGGAACCGCAUCGCUACGACGCUCUCGCAGCCGCUGGAUUCCCGGUUAUCGACAGUCGCGACCCGGACACGGCAUUGAUGCACAACCUGCUGGAGCGAGCGGGCGGGCACUACGUGGAUGUGGGUGGCACCAAGUUGCUCACGGACCGUAAGGCAGGCAUGAAGGCCGGAGUCGAGCCCAUUGCGUACACGGCCACAGGGCUACGUUUCUCAGACGGAAGCACCGCUGAUGCAGAUGCCGUGGUAUGGUGCACCGGAUUUGCCGACAAGGAUAUGCGCGAUACUGCCAUCCGAACCCUGGGCGGACACUCUUCUGGUAAGGAGACUGAGACUGAGACCGAGAAGGUCCUUGGCCCUCGUGAAAUCGCUGGUCGCCUUGACGCGACAUGGGGUAUUGACGCUGAGGGUGAGAUACGUGGCUUGUGGAAGCGUCAAUCGCGCCUCGAGAACCUGUGGAUCGCGGGUGGCUAUACGCAACAACACCGGUGGCACUCGCGCACGUUAGCCCUGCAGAUUAAGGCCUCUUUGGAAGGUAUACUACCUCCAGCAUAUCUGGACACGCCCCAUUCUGCUCGAAAGUUCUUCGAUGAAGAAUACCUCAUCACACACGAUGCAUCCGACAAUCUUGACACACGUCUAACUGACAACGACGGCAUCGCAAAAUAA